CUUGCAAACAAACACAACAUUCAAUGCUUUGAAUGUGUUUUGCAUUUGUGUCACAAAUUGUGUGCCAAUCAAGUGGUGAAUCGCGUGAAGACUUCCUCCAGUGAUGACCAGACACGCGCGCAAUAACACCGCCGGUGCUGUCUAUUCAUACCACGAGAGACAGAGGGAUACCAACACAUCUGGUUAUGGCACUCAACGACAACGACUGGCCAAGGAGUCCAUCAAAGACUUCGAUGCCUGUAAUCUAACUCUUCAGCCGUGCAGACACCCCGUCAUCACACCGGACGGCUAUAUGUACGACAAGGAGUCGAUUCUCGAGUACAUUAUCCAUCAGAAGAGAGAAAACGCCCGAAAACUCAAAGAAUAUGAGAAACAGAAGAAGAGGGAGGAGAAGGAGAUCCAGGACUUGGCCAACGCUGAGCUCACCAACAAGACAAUCAACUUCUUGAAGACCGAGACCACAAUCAGUAAACCCUCCGCUUCUGCAACAUCUGGCAGUGAAGUGGUGUCGAGUGUUGGCUCCGGGAUCUCAAACAUGACGAGCGGUCGUUCCGAAGAUUUGCCCAGUUUUUGGGUGCCAUCGAUGACACCGCAGUCAUCGAAGACUAAACUCAAGAAACCCGACUCUAAUGUCUACUGUCCUAUGAGUGGUCGACCCAUUAAAGCCAAUCAAUUACUUGAUGUUCACUUCACGCCAACCAAUGACACAAAGGGCAAAUACAAGUGUGCGGUCACUCAUGACGUCCUCCACAACGCCGUACUCUGCGCUGUACUCAAGACAUCAGGAACAGUAGUAACCAUGGAAUGCAUUGAGAAACUCAUCAAAAAAGAUAUGUUGGAUCCGAUCAAUGGCCAGAAGCUGAAGGAGGCGGACAUCAUUCCCCUACAAAGGGGAGGCACAGGAUAUGCCGCCGCCAAUGAGUUAGAGGCAGCCGUCAAGCGGCCGGUUAUGAUGGCGUGAGGUAUCAUUCAAAUGACACAUACA